UACGCCCCUUUCUGGAUCCAAACAGCACUGCAGAUACUUACUGCUGCUGCUAUCAUUCUGGGUAGUGACGCAAUAUUUGCGUAGCAGUUGCUAUUGCUGUUUAUUUUCUUGGCUGAAACAAAUAAUUUAUAAAAUAAUGUGAUUUGAACUUUUGCAUGACAAUGGAAGAGAGGAUUAUAUUUUGCAAAACUGCUUUGAGUUCUUUGUGUGAAACAGCUCGAACGUGUUCGUCCGGUUUGUAUGUUCAAGCUGCAGCAAUAUGGGAGGAACUGGGUUCUCGGGGUUUCACGCUUGAUUCCUUGAACUAUCUGGAUGAACUGAAUCCAGGACAGACCGCAACUGAAGAAACAAAGCAACUCAGAGCUCUUGUUCCUAUAAUCUUUGACACGUCUCGCGCACUCCAGACCACGGGUGAUGGAAACUGCUUUUUCAACGCUUUGGCGAUACUUGGGAACGGUACAGAAGCUCUAGCAGUUGAGUACCGGCUUAGAACAGCUCUCUGCUUGAUUUUGGAAAGAGAAGCUUUAAUUAUUCACCCAAAUGAUCAAAAAGAUUCUUGUUGUCGCUUCGAGAAACACCAGAAGACAUUAGUAGCAUCUCUUGCACAGUUUUGUGCAGAGCGGCAUAUGUCAAAUUUGCACCUGAAGUAUGUGGAUAAAGAAUCUCUAGAACCAGUAACGCGCAGAAACAAUAUUUCUGAAGAUUGUAUUUGGAUCCUGCCAUCGGAAAUGUACGUACCGUGGCUUGAUGAGCAUGCUGUGAAAAUUACCCAGGAUUGUAGCUGGACCUGCUAUAUGUGGAUAAUUGCUGCUGCGGUUGCGCACGACAAUAAUAUUAUCAUCAUACGCCCGCAGGGCUAUCAUUCGGUGUGGGUCCGCUGUAGAACCGAUAAAGCAAAAAAGCCGUGGUGUUUGUUUUGGGAAAACAACCAUUUUUCUGCCGUGCGACUCGACCUUUUCGCUAACGGCAUUCUUUUGGAAUACCUUGAUUCUUUGGAAGCAAAAGAUAAAUCCCAACUGACUGAAGUUGAAGUGUGGUGCAUCUGCGAUUUUCCAAAUAUGGCUCUGGUUAUGCUGGUGACGUCGCAGCAGAAGAAGAACGAGUCUUUGGAAUUGUGA